UCCCGCUCACGUGGACCCGUGUCUCUCGGUACAGCGAACGUGCGCGCGGCGUCGCAGCCAUGGAGAGGAAGUUCUUAUCGGCGUUGUUGAGAAGCGCCUGGUUUGGUCAGAAGCCGGAGAGAAUGCACGCAGUGCUGUGUUUGUUCUGGUGCACGAUGGGCGCAUCUUCUAGAAAAAAGGAUAUAGGACCAGAGCGAGCAGGAAAAAAGGAUAAGAAGAACAAACAGAUUCUGAAAAUGGAGAGCUGAGUCUUUCAGAUGCGUUGUUUUUUUUCUGCUGCUUUUUCUGUUUCACACACUUUGCGUCCAUCUGCCAGCAAGACUGCAUCCAAGACUGUUUCAUAAGCAGCCUUUUUGCCUGCAUGUUGUUUGGCCUUAAGUGUUUCUGAAGUUAUCUGUGUGUUUACUUCUUGCUCACACGAAAGUGAUAGUCGCAGUUCAUCGGCGUUCACCCAAGAGGCUGACAAUUGCAGGUUUUCCACUUUUAAUACGAUUAAAGCUCGUAAAAAAGGCAAAAUAUUUGAUAUUUCACACACACACUUACAUGAAGAUUCAACCCAAAAUGAUUCACCUGUACAGUUCCUGCAGCCCAACCUAGUUAAAUUCUGUUGAUUUUUCAAGCGGAAUUGGUGAGACAUUUCACCAGGUAUUCUCACCAUACUAUGAGUAAUGACAGCUCAGACUCCACCCCCAGCAAUGUUCCUAGAAUGGGAGCUGGAGGGGCCGAGGAGGAAGAAAUAGUGGUUGCACAGACCGGCUCACCGGCCAUGAGUGGCAUUUCGCCAUCAUCCGAUUCAGCCAAUGGCAGGACAGGAUCAUCUUCAGGAGGUGAGUCAGGACCCACAGGGUUAUCCAGUGAUAACCGAGGGCCAAAUUCGGAUGACAUGGAUGCACUAUCGAGCGGCAACGACUCCGGAGAAAGGGAGAGUGAAGGAGGACUGGAGCGAGAGAACGGCUCCAGGGGAAGGCAGUCCAUGCGAAGUUACCAGAGCUCCUCAAGUCAUAAUGGCAAAGAUUCUGGCAUGAUGUUAGAGACAACUGAGAGCAACAAGAGUUCAAAUUCCCAGAGUCCGUCUCCUCCCAGCAGCUCACUGGCAUACAGUUUGUUGAGUGCAAGCUCAGAGCAGGACCCUUCAUCCACCAGUGGCUGCAGCAGUGAGCAGUCAGCUCGUGUGCAGACCCAAAAAGAGCUGAUGAGGGCACUGAAGGAACUCAAGAUUCGUCUGCCUGCAGAGAGGAAAACCAAAGGACGCUCCAGCACCCUCAACGCCCUCAAAUACGCACUAAACUGUGUUAAACAAGUCCAGGCCAAUCAGGAGUAUUAUCACCAGUGGAAUGUUGAAGAGUGUCAUGGAUGCAGCCUGGAUCUUUCCACAUUUACCAUAGAAGAGCUCGAUAACAUUACCUCAGAAUAUACGCUGAAAAACACAGAUACAUUCUCUAUGGCCGUGUCAUUCCUGUCGGGGAAGGUUGUUUACAUCUCGCCGCAGGGUUCGUCUUUGCUGCGAAGUAAACCGGAGAAGUUGCAGGGGGCGCUCUUUUCAGAGCUCCUCGCCCCUCAGGACGUCAGCACUUUCUUCAGCAGCACUGCCCCCUGCAGAUUACCACCAUGGGCAUCCUGCAUCGGAUCUGCAUCCCAUGCUGUAGAGUACACCAAGGAGAAGUCCAUGUUCUGCAGAAUCAGCGCAGAUGGCUCUUCCAGUGGAGACAUGCGAUAUUACCCGUUUAGACUGACCCCUUACCUGCUUACACUUCGAGACUCUGACACUGCAGACCCCCAGCCCUGCUGUCUGCUCAUCGCUGAGAGAGUGCACUCUGGAUACGAGGCUCCUCGCAUUCCUCCAGACAAGCGUAUCUUUACCACCAGUCACACGCCCAGCUGCCUCUUCCAAGAGGUUGAUGAGAGAGCUGUGCCGCUGCUAGGUUAUCUGCCUCAGGACCUGGUGGGAUCCCCGGUGCUGCUCUGUCUACACCCAGAGGACCGACCAAUGAUGGUGGCCAUUCACAAAAAGAUUCUGCAGUUUGCAGGGCAGCCGUUUGAACAUUCUCCAUUGCGAAUGUGUGCUCGGAAUGGGGAGUAUCUGACGAUAGACACCUCCUGGUCCUCCUUUGUUAACCCUUGGAGCAGGAAGGUGGCGUUUAUCGUGGGCCGCCACAAAGUCAGAACCUCUCCACUGAACGAGGAUGUGUUUACUCUGCCAAGAGUUCUCGAAGAGAGCACCGUGACACCAGAUAUCGCACAACUCAGCGAGCAGAUACACCGGCUCCUGGUUCAGCCUGUACACAGCAGCAGCUCACAGGGCUACGGCAGUCUGGCAAGUAACGGCUCCCACGAGCUGCAACCCAGUGCCACUUCAUCAUCAGAGAGCAACGGCACCACUAUGGAGGACCCGGCUCAGCUUCACAAACCGAUGACCUUCCAGCAGAUCUGUAAAGACGUGCACAUGGUAAAGACAAGCGGCCAACAAGUGUUUAUCGAGUCCCGUAACCGUCCCCCUCCUAGAAAACACACUACCACAGCUUCCUUGCGAGCUGUAGUGGACACUGUGCCAGAUGUGGCUCCACCUUCAAAGGAUCCGAUCCUCUCUCAGCUGGUGAGGAAGGACCCUCCCAGUGCGUACUCUUACCAGCAAAUCAACUGCCUGGAUAGCAUUAUACGGUAUUUGGAGAGCUGCAAUGUCCCAAACACAGUUAAAAGGAAGUGUGGCUCCUCCUCCUGUACUGCAUCAUCUACUUCUGAUGAUGAUAAGCAGCAGGACACCCCCAGCAACCCUAAAGGUCCAUCAGUAGCUCUGGUUAGUGAGAGUACGCCACUGCCAGCCCUUACUUUACACAGUAAGGCAGAAAGUGUAGCAUCAGUAACGUCCCAGUGCAGUUUCAGCAGUACCAUUGUCCAUGUGGGAGACAAGAAACCCCCAGAGUCAGACAUUGUAAUGGAGGAAGCCCCUACAACUCCUGUGCCUGCUCCUCCUGUCCUUCAUACCCUUCCACCUCCACCUCCUCCUCCAUCACCUCCUCCCCUUGCCAUUGCAGCAGCUCCAUCUUUGGCCCCUCCCCCAACUCCACCAAGCCCUGCUGUUACACCUGAGAGAGAUGGAGGCAGGAGAGCAGGAGGAGGAGCAGGAGGAAGUGGAGGAGGAAGGCUGGGACUGACCAAAGAGGUGCUUUCUGCACACACUCAGCAAGAAGAACAGAACUUCAUGUGUCGCUUUAGGGAUCUGAGUCAGCUAAGAGUGUUCGACCCAGCUUCAGUACUUCGGCGGCACACUACCACACCGAUCACCAGAGGUGCACGAUGUUCACGCGAUUACCCCGCACACAGUAGUCGUCGACGUGGUCGAGGGGGGAAAAGAUUGAAACAUCAGGAGACGUCAGAGCAGGAAAGCUCUUUAGGCCAGUCAGGCCUAACAGGAAGCCUCUCUACAGGUGCCCCUGCACAAGAGGGAGCACCUAACCCUUCCUUCCCUCUGGCUCCACCAACGACCUCAUCAUCAUGGCCUCCUUCAGUGGGCUCCCAAAAUAGUUUGCCCUCUGUGCCCUAUCCACCAGGCAUGCUGCCCCUUUAUCCACUUUUCUCACCUCUCUCUCAUCCCAUCACUGACCCAUCUAUGCAUACUGGCCUUCGCUUUCCCAUUCAGAAUCCUCAGGUAGGGUCUCCCAUGGUCCACCCCAUGAUGGCGUUGGUACUUCCCAACUACAUGUUUCCUCAAAUUGGCACAGCCUUGGCCCAGCCUGGUACCGCAACUAUGCCCCAACCCUUCUACAACCCCAAUGUGUCAUUUCACUACCCCACAGCCGGCACUGCCCCGCCAGCACCGACUCAAACAGUAACAGCGGCCCCACAAAACCCAUCCCGCUGUAGCACACCUCAGUCCUGCAGCCAGAGAGAAGGAGGAGUAGAAAGAGAAGGGACAGAGUCACCCCUCUUCCAAUCCCGUUGCUCCUCCCCUCUGAAUUUGCUUCAGCUGGAGGAGUCACCAACCAGUCGGCUUGAGGCAGCAACUGCAUUGGCGUUCGGGGAACGGCAAACCACACCUUCUACAGGUGGACAAGGAGGCGGGGUUGGUGGUCCAGCAGUGGCCAAUCAGAGAAGCCCAGCAGAAGAAUCCAAAGAGAAUGAAAAUGGAGAAGCCAACGAAUCCAAUCAGGAUGCCAUGUCCUCCUCCAGUGAUCUGCUUGACCUGCUGCUGCAGGAAGACUCGCGAUCAGGCACAGGCUCAGCUGCCUCAGGCUCUGGAUCCUCGGGUACAGGGUCCUCAGGAUCUGGCUUGGGUUCCUCAGGGUCUGGCUCCAAUGGAUGCAGCAGCUCUGGAAGUGGAACCAGGAGCAGCCACACGAGCAAGUACUUCGGCAGCAUAGACUCGUCGGAGAAUGACCACUCUCGUAAGCAGACAGCUGGGGGCAACGGAGAGGCGCAGUUCAUCAAGUGUGUGCUGCAGGAUCCUAUAUGGCUGCUUAUGGCCAACACAGACGAGAAGAUCAUGAUGACUUAUCAGCUGCCCAUCAGAGACAGAGACACUGUACUGAGCAAGGAUAGUGUUGCAUUGAAGGCCAUGCAGAAGCAUCAGCCGCGUUUUACCGAGGAGCAGAAGAGGGAGCUGAGUCAGGUUCACCCCUGGAUCCGCACGGGACGCCUGCCACGUGCCAUCAAUAUAUCCGGAUGUGUUGGCUGCAAAUCUCCUCCUUCAGUGCUUCCCACUGCCCCGUUUGACGUGGAGCUCCAUGAAAUGGAGCUGUGCAGUGUGCUCGACGUGACAGAAGAUGGCGCCAGCGGUGAGAAACGCAUGCAGCCAGACACAGCCAUGGAUGAAAGAGAGGCAGAGGGAGAGCCAAAGCAUCAGAUGGAUGAAGACGAGGAAGAGAAAAGACUGGUCAGAAUCAGCGAUCAGGAAAUGACAGUUGAGGAACAGGAGGAGGAUGGGAAAAGAGUCCAUUUGACUAAUAUAAGACGCUGAUAUGGUCCUGUUAGGCCAAGACUGGAGCGGAAAAUGAAUUCAUUUUCACAGGUGAUGAUGUCAGCACUGGGAUAUUGACGGAAGACCUUCAGCACUAACAGCCAAGUGAAUUGACUUUUGGGCACAGUUGUUCUUUUUCAGAAAAGAUGUAAAUAAAUAGAGAACGCUGCGAGGUUUACCAAUGACACUGUGGAGGGUGGGAUUAUGUUUUAGGCUCUUAAACUGUAAUGAUCUGUUUUUCUAUAAGUAAAAAAAUACAGUAUUUAUUUGUAUAUCUGAAUGCAGGUCAGGUGAGUAACCUGCAAAGGCUGACAGAUGAAUGUCUGGGGGUGGGGGGGACACUUUAAUGUAAGACUUUGACACCACUGCUCUGCACACUGCCCCGGUUCGCUUUUAGAUAACGCCACUGUGGAUGCUUUGACUUGUUAGGUCCUUUCAGUUGUUUGAUUCAUUUACAAUGAGAAGAAGCCACAGGACUGCAUAUUGCUAUGUAGCCAAGACCUGCUAGAACGAUUACAGCGUUUCUAAAACGUAGAUUUCUGUAGGAAUAUAUACGAGCAAACAUAUGCAGGCUUCGGGUCAGAAUCACUGCCUUUUCGCAGAUGUUCGAUCUGCAGUUUACAUGUGCGUUUAGACCAAAUUUCACAGGUUGAUUUAUUUUUUGGAGGUUCAUUAGUAUUUUUAUACAUUAUUGGUGUAGUAUUCUGUCCAAAAAUUUGUACUAUUUGCAAUGCGUGUUUUUAAUCAACAAGGAUUGCCCAUAUACAAAGUUCAAAGAUCUUGUAGCCAGUGGUAUCCUCAGUAACAGAGGUGCAUGAUGGGUAGGAGAUUGUAUGAGCAUGGUGGACAGUCAUACGGCAUAAAAAAAACAAAAAACAGCAGUGCUUGUGUGGUCCUGUUUUCACUAUAGUGUCUCGCCGAAGUUAUAUGUGCUUGGCAAUCAGAGAAGAAAAUGAUAGGCUUCGUAAACACCAGUACUUGUACAGAGCGCUUAGGACCGAGCAGACAAUCUCUAACACCCUUCUCAUUUCUGUGUCAUUCUGUUUUAAUAAUGUAGUACUCAGCUUUAGUUGUCACAAGUGGAUUCUAAAUAUUUUUGUGAAUUUCUUUGUAUGAAUAAAAAAAUAAUUCAAUAAAAUGAAAAAUUCUCCCUUUCA